AUGGUGAUGAGAGGCGAUGGCGCUAUUCCUGUAAUGGCUUUUGCUGCACCUGAAAGUGCUUCGGAUUCUUCCGUUGAACCAACGCCCGUACGUGUACGUUCAGAGUUCCCAGAGACCUGGAUAUGGGUUGAUGAAAAGGCUAAUGAUAAUGGAGAAGCUACUUACCGUGCUACUGCUCCUGACACUAUCACCUCUUGGGUUGCUUCAGCAUUCGCUAUUAGCGAGGACACCGGCUUAGGAGUAGCACCAUCAACAGCUAAAUUACGUGUUUUCCGUCCUUUCUUCAUCCGACUUGACUUGCCAUACUCUGUUAAACGUGGAGAAAAGUUUGCUCUCAGAGUUUUGGUUUUCAACUAUCUCGAGCAGGAGCAGGAUGUGACUGUCACUCUGAAACAUGACGACAACUCAGGUUUUGGAUUCAUGAACAAAGAUGGAAGCAUCAACAAGGGAGUAGGAAAGGCAGGAUACAAUCAACGAUUGGUGUCUGUCCCUGGUGGUGGAGUAUCCAAAGCUGUGUACUUCCCAAUAGUUCCUAAUGAAAUAGGAAUGGUUCAACUGAUGGUUACAGCCCAAGCUUCUUUAGCUGGUGAUGCUGUAGAAAUGCCACUGAGAGUCGAGCCCGAAGGAUAUCGUGUUGAUCGUAAUGUACCUGUAGUUGUGGAUUUGAGCAACGUUUCUGAUUGGACAAAAUCUGUUGAAUUAGUUUGGCCCGAAGAUGUUGUAGAUGGCUCUAAGAAAGCCCGUGUUGAUGUCAUUGGUGAUAUCAUGGGACCCGUUUUGACCAACAUUGAUAAACUUGUCCGCAUGCCUUAUGGUUGCGGAGAGCAGAACAUGCUCAACUUUGUACCUAACAUCGUAGUUCUGCGCUACUUGAAAGCCAUCAAUCGAGGUGAUGCAGCUCUAGAAGCCAAAGCCAAAAAGUACAUGGAAGCUGGUUACCAAAGAGAGUUGACUUAUAGACGAAGCGAUAACUCCUUCUCUGCUUUUGGAGAGAGUGACAAGGCGGGUUCUACAUGGUUGACUGCUUUCGUCGUUCGUUCUUUCGCUCAAGCCAAAGACUUCAUCUUCAUUGAUUCUGAGAUUUUAUCCAAGAGUAUCGCCUUCUUGAAUGCUCAACAAAUGGAAACAGGUGCAUUUGCUGAACACGGUGAAGUUCAUCACAAAGACAUGCAAGGCGGAGCAAGUGAGGGAGGAAUCGGCUUGACAGCUUACGUCACUAUCGCAUUGCUUGAGAAUGGGGUUCGUAAUGAAGCUGCUCUCACAUUCUUGGAGAAAAACCUUAAAUCUAUCAAGAAUGACUCAUAUGCUUUGGCUGUCGUCACGUAUGCUCUCCAUUUGGCUGAAAACUCCAAACGCCAAUCCGCUUUAUCUGAUCUGGAAGCUCUUCAAGUUACCGGUUCAGAUGGUUCAAUUCAUUGGUCAGCUCAAAAGGGAGAGAAACCAGAAACAGAUGCUUCUCAAUACUUCUUCCAACCAAGACCUGUGGAUGUGGAGACAACUGCUUACUCGCUGUUGAGUUACAUGACUCUGAGAGACACAGAGAAGGGAUUACCUAUCGUUCGUUGGCUAACAUCUCAACGUAACUCUGAAGGAGGCUUCUCUUCAACUCAAGAUACUGUGAUAGCCUUAUUAGCCUUAGGAUCAUAUGGACAAGUAGCUUACUCUCCUGAAAACAAUGUCACCAUCACUGUCCGAAAUGGAGCAAACUCAAACGAAUUCGGAGUUACUUCAACAAACGCCCUUGUACUUCAAUCUUAUGAGCUUCCUAACGUUGAUUCUUCUGUUGUCCUUCAAGGAGCAGGAAAAGGAAUUGUUUUUGCUCAGGUUUCAUAUUCAUAUCACCGUAACCAUCAUGUGGAAGAUGCUCCUUUCUUCUGUACACAAGACUUGAAAGAGCUUCGUAAUGGAAAUCGUCUUCAGAUUGAUUUGUGCUGCAAUUAUACUCGCGGUGGACAAUCCAACAUGGCUGUCGCCGAAGUUCCAACUCUCACCGGAUAUCGUUAUGAUGUGGAAGAGUCAAGUUCUCUCUCUCAAGUUUCCGGAAUCAAGAGAACAGAAUUCGUGAAUGAUGAUACUCAGAUUAAUCUCUAUUUCAAUGGCCUGGAUGAUAAGCCUAUCUGCUUUUCUUUAAAUUCCGAUCUUCUCUAUAACGUGGCUGACACUAAGCCAGCUGAAAUCGUCUUAUAUGAUUAUUAUAACCCAGUGGAACAGCUCAAAACGAGCUAUGCUCUGAAAUCUGGCAGAUCCUUAACUGAUUCUUGUUCGGAUUGUUGGAUGAGUGCUGAGGCUCUAUCAUCAGCAGACAUUCCAACGAGUAAACCACCAAAUUCCUCCUCUACUCCUUCAGACAAUCAGCUUCUUUAG